AUGAAUCAUCAGGCUGCUCAGCUGCUCACCGCCGCACAAGAUGACUCUAACGUGAUCGAUCCAGCUCUGCUCAGUGUCGACCAUUCGAGCUCCGGAAUAUGUGACUGGAUCUCACCCCAGCUGUUGAGCCCUUCUUCCGAGCUGCCUUCUGCCAUUGUAGCAGAGCUGGACCUCCACUGCUCGCACAAUGCAGUGUCGCCAAGUGGGCGAUCAGGCAGCCAUUUACUAUCAGGUCCCUCCCAAAUGGCCACUGUCGCCCCGAACUUCCAUCAGCAGGACGGGCUGAGCGCUUCCUCUUCUGACCGUCUGCGCACAGCCAGAGCAAUGCAUCCCAUCACCGAUCCCUCUACCACAAGUCAUGGUCGACAGCUCCCUCGACGUCGAAGCCGCUACCUUACCCGGCAGUUAGGAGCACAAGCGGGCCCCAUUGUAAUCCCCAAUGCCAGCGGCGAUUGGAACCCGAUGGAAAGGUGGCGGAACUCACCGCCGGAAGAGGAGCCAGCCCUGAUUCCAGAUAUCAUCGAUGCGCUGAAGACGGCCCCCAGUCUACCAGACAGCAUCAGCCAGGGUGCAUCGGGAGGCAGUAGCCAUGCAUUCCGUCAGUAUAGACGAGCCGCAUCGACCACCAGCGGCGAAUCCAGCGCCUCGUCGCGAGACUCCCAGCAAUCCGGCCGCUCGACCUCAUCCGCAGAAGAUCCGCUGGCAGUCCAAGGACGGGGCAGCCGGGUUCGCAAGGGCAAAGCCCCAUCUCGUAAGAGACAGACCACCGCCAAAACCACCAGCUCUACCCACGCGCUGCGCCGCUACUGCUGCACCUUCUGUUGCGACCGCUUCAAGAGCAAGUACGACUGGGCGCGCCACGAGAAAUCCUUGCAUGUCACCCUGGAAGCGUGGUACUGCGCCCCGUUCGGCACGACCGUCCUCUCCUCCACCGCCCCAGAAACCACCCUAUGCGCCUUCUGCGGGGCACCCGACCCGGACAUCGCCCAUCUAAACGACCACGAUGCCACCGCCUGCGAAACCAAACCCGGCACGCGCCGCUCCUUCCGCCGCAAGGACCACCUGAUGCAGCACCUGCGCCUCGUCCACCACAUCCUCCCCACCAAGGGGGGUGGGCCCCCGGGCCUCGAGAGCUGGAAGAUCGGGCAGUCAGCCAUCACCUCGCGCUGCGGGUUCUGCGACACCCGGUUACGCAGCUGGGAGGAGCGCGUCGAGCACCUGGCGGAGCAUUUCCGGUCGGGCCAGACCAUGGCCGACUGGCGCGGCGAGCACGAGUUCCCCGCGGACUUCGCGGCGCUGGUCGCCAACGCCCUGCCACCGUACCUGCUGGGGUCCGAGUCGCUCAGCGUCAUCCCGUUCUCCGCGACCAACUGCGAUGUCCAAGACCACUUCGCGCAGAUCUCGUCCCGGGCGCAGUGGAGCGAGGCUGACCAGCAGGCGGCGCGCGAGAUCGUCGCCCCCGCCGUGCCGAGUGUCGCCCCGCCGCUGCAGGCGAUGGCCCCCGGGGUCGCGCCGGAUCAGCUCAGCUCGUUCACCCAGGUGCUUACCCUGCAUCUGAGCCGGUUUGCCCGCGAGCAGAUGCGGAAGGGGGUCGUGCCCACGGAUGAGAUGUUUCAGCAGGAGUCCCGGCGCGUGCUGUACGAUUCGGAGGACACGUGGAAUCAGACGGUGGCGGAUAAUCCCGAGUGGUUGGCGGCGUUCCGGGGGUUGCAUUGUGAGAACAAUGGGGAAGGGGAGGGGGAGGGGGAUAUCUGGGGAUAG